AUGGACUUCGAAAAUGUAUCGAAUGAGAACUGGUCUCAGACGUCUCUCCCAUCAUACAACUCAUCUGAAAGUCCAGCAGAAAAUGAUGUGCCCUACCACAGCGUCCUAAUGCCCAGCAUUUUCGGUGUCAUCUGCUUCUUUGGGAUUAUUGGCAACUGCAUUGUCAUCUACACCAUUGUGAAGAAGACCAAGUUCCGAGCCCAGCAGACAGUGCCGGACAUCUUCAUCUUCAGCUUGUCUUUAGUGGACCUCCUCUUCCUCCUGGGCAUGCCCUUCCUCAUCCACCAGCUCCUGGGCAACGGUUCCUGGUGCUUUGGUGACAUCAUGUGCACGGUCAUAACCGCCCUGGACUCCAACAGCCAGAUAGUGAGCACCUACAUCCUCACCGUCAUGACUCUGGACCGCUACCUGGCCACGGUCCAUCCCAUCCGCUUCAACCAUGUGCGCACACCCUGCGUGGCGGGGGCUGCGGUGGGUCUGGUGUGGGUGCUCUCCCUUGUCUCCAUCACUCCCGUGUGGAUGUAUGCUGGCCUUAUGCCCCGAGGGGACGGCUCAGUGGGCUGUGCCCUCCUGCUGCCCAAUCCAGCCACUGACACCUACUGGUUUACCCUCUACCAGUUUGUGCUGGCCUUCGCCCUGCCUCUGGUCAUCAUCUGCGUGGUGUUCUUCAAGAUCCUCCAGAACAUGUCUGCCACAGUGGCCCCCCUACCCCAACGCAGCUUGAGAGUACGUACACGUAAUGUGACCCGUAUGGCUGUGGCUAUAUGCCUGGCCUUCUUCAUCUGCUGGGCUCCGUACUACAUCCUGCAGCUGGCCCACCUGGGGGUUCAGAGGCCCAGCUUUGCCUUCCUCUAUGUCUACAACAUUGCCAUCAGCAUGGGUUACGCUAACAGCUGCGUCAACCCAUACCUCUACAUCGUGCUGAGUGAGACCUUUAAGAGGCAGUUCAUUGUGGCCAUCCGGCCGAACAAUCGGGUCUUCAGGUUGAACUCUGUCAUGGCUGACGGCAGUGUGAGUCUGAGACCGGCCCCAGAGUGUAAUCAUCAGUCUCAGUCCUCCAGAGACCUACUAGUACACAACAUGCUGCCUGUCACUGUGGCUGUGCACUGAGUCAGGAGCCCUAGCCCAGCACCAUCCCUCAGCCCUAGUUCCAUGAAUCUGGGCUCUCUCUCAGCUCAGCUGGAAGUGGUGCCCCCUUCAGACAGUCAUGCUCCCAAUGUGUAUGACAGGGUUAACGUGCAAUGUAUCUAGUAUGCUGAGUGUGUACAGUAUCUAUUUUGUACACAGCAGUACUGUGUUUAUAAGACACUUUUCCCGACAGGGACAUUCAACUUCAUCCUAUUAAUCCUAUCCUAUCAUGCUCCCAUGAAGGAACUGUGAAUACAGGGACUUUGUACUAGUAUUCAGUUGGCAAUUGAACUGCAGGCUAUUAGUAACAAUGUGAACUUUUAUAAAAGGAUGCCAGCCCACAGUUAUCAAUAACACUAUUUUGCAGUUCUGUUUCAAGUGGUAACAAUUUGUAUUUCGUUUUCUUUGAUAAUAAUCACAUUUGACAGAUUUCCACUGCAGUUCAAUGUGUUAAAACAGGUUUCUGUGUAGAUAUGUGAUAUUCUAUGAUUCUGCCAUCGGUCCGUCCAGUCAAUGAUCUGAGAUGCAGGGAAAUCACACCUUGUCGUAAUGUAAUCUAUGUCUAUACUGGAACCUGUGUGAUGACUGUGAUCAUUGAGAAAUUUGUGACAUAUUGAUGUAUUAUUGUGGGCUAUCUUUGAAUGGGAUUUUGACGUCAACUAAUAUGUUGUCCUUAGUCAUUUUGUAAUAUUGAAUAUGUGCAGCCCAUCUAUUACCAUGUUAUGUAUGUGAUCACCAAGGAAACCUCUAUGUUGUUAUCUUUGGGAAAAUAAUAAUGUUCUGAUGCACCAUACAGUGUUGAAUGACUGCAAUUUAUCCAAAGGGAUUUCUAGAUGUUACAAUAAAGAAUUAAAGCAUGAGACGUAAGAAACCCCCAGUGCAAUACAGUAGCAGCAGAACUGUCUGUGCUAGAGUGCAUUUUG